AUGGCAGCGACGGCGGUCGUGGGCGCCGCUUCUCGCUCCCGUCUCCUCCUCCACCACCACCGACUCCCUCAGGUUCCAGCCGGUGGGGGAGGUUCGCUGAGGGUGGGCGCGCUCGGGGCCGGACGGGAUUGGAGACGACGGGUCCGGGUCGGGGUUAGGGUUUUCGCGCGCUACUCCUCCCAGCCACAAGACUUCUCUAGUCGACUCCAAGAUAGAGCUGGUGAAUUGCCGAAAUUAGUAGAGGAUCUUCUCCAGACGUCGAUUAGCACAGGGCCUCGAGGUGCCUUUAGGAUGGCGCAAGGGAUCCAAGCUCUCCUUGGGGUUGGUGGGGAGUGGCUAAAUGACUUCUCGAAGACAGCUAACACGUCAGAAGGAAUUCCAGCUCAGAUGCGUCUUGGUUUGCUUUCCCCUCUUUACCUCAGAAGGCUUUUUGAACGCAUGGGUGCAACUUAUAUCAAGCUAGGUCAGAGUUUUGAAGGGUACCAUAUGGACAAUUUGAGAGCACAUGACCUUUUUGGGGAUGGUGAUUUAGGGCAGUUCAUAGCGUCUGCACCAACUUCCUUUCCUGCAGAAUAUGUUGAAGAAUUCCAGAACUGUUUUGACCGAGCACCACCUGUUCCUUAUAGCGAGAUCGAGUCGAUAUUGCGUGAGGAGUUGCAGCGGCCAUUGGAUAGUGUCUAUGAGUACAUUGAUCCCGUGCCAAUAGCAUCUGCUUCAAUAUCACAGGUUCAUGGGGCUAGAUUGAAGAGCUCUCAGAAGGAUGUGGUGAUUAAAGUCCUGAAACCUGGAAUUGAAGAUACUUUGGUUGCCGAUCUGAAUUUUAUCUAUCUUGUUGCACGUGUUUUGGAGUUUCUAAGCCCUGAAUUAGAGAGGACAUCACUGGUAGCUAUCAUCAAGGACAUAAAGGAAUCAAUGCUUGAGGAAGUUGAUUUUAGAAAGGAAGCUGUAAAUAUGGAGGCUUUCCAGAGAUACAUCGAAGCAAUGGGAUUUGAUAGGCAGGCCAAAUCUCCAUUUGUGUAUCAGCACUGUAGCACAAAGCGUGUCUUAACUAUGGAAAGAUUGUAUGGUGUUCCACUCACCGAUCUUGAUUCUAUAAGGUCUCUUGUUCCUGAUCCUGAGUUGACUUUAGUCACUGCCCUCAAUGUCUGGUUUGGAAGCUUGAUCUCAUGUGAAUCCUUCCAUGCGGAUGUGCAUGCAGGAAACCUAUGGUUGCUUCGUGAUGGACGUGUUGGAUUUAUCGAUUUUGGAAUUGUUGGUCGAAUAUCCCCAAGGACUUGGGCUGCUAUGGAGAUCUUUUUGGCUUCUUUCGCAACUGAGGAUUACAAUGCUAUGGCAUCGGCCCUUUCCGAAAUGGGUGCUACAGGGAAUGAUAUAGAUGUUGACUCCUUUGCAAAGGACUUGCAAAAUAUAUUCUCAUCGCUACAGGAGUUGGAUACUGAAAUUAUAGUGGCAGCUGCAAGAAGUUCUGAUGCUGCAGCUGUAUCUGCUAAUGUUGUUGUAGACGAGAGGCAGAUGAAUGCACUGUUUCUUGAUCUGGUAAGGGUUAGCGAGUCACAUGGGCUGAAAUUUCCUAGGGAAUUCGCUCUUCUCAUGAAGCAACUUCUUUAUUUUGAUCGGUACACUAGACUGCUGGCUCCCAGCAUGAACAUGCUGCGAGAUGAGAGGAUUAACAUUACUUCCAACAAGCACACCAGAAGAAUGAAUUGA